AUGGGUAACCAGCAGUCGAACAUGGGCGGUGGCCCAGGUGGUGAUGGUCGCGAUGAUAAGGAUAAGAAGAAGGACAAGCCGAGAUACGAGCCACCUCCACCCCCUACCACCCGCAUCGGAAAGAAGAAGCGCAAGGCUGCCGGUCCCAGCACAGCUUCCAAGCUGCCAGACAUCUACCCGACUUCGCGAUGCAAGCUCCGUUAUCUUCGAAUGCAGAGAGUCCACGAUCACCUCCUGCUGGAGGAGGAAUAUGUUGAGAACAUGGAGCGGAUGCGCAAAUCCAAGGCUCAAGGGAACGUGGACCCUGCCAGGUCGGGUGAUUUGGAUGUGAUGGACCGCAAUGCGGAUGAGCGAAGUCGAGUCGAUGACAUGCGAGGAAGCCCUAUGGGUGUGGGUAACUUGGAGGAGUUGAUUGACGAUGACCACGCCAUCGUUUCCAGUGCUACUGGCCCCGAGUACUACGUAUCAAUCAUGUCCUUCGUCGACAAGGAUCUUCUCGAGCCCGGCGCCAGCAUUCUUUUGCAUCACAAGUCGGUAUCAGUUGUUGGUGUUCUGACCGAGGAAUCGGACCCGCUGGUGUCGGUGAUGAAGCUGGAUAAGGCCCCCACAGAGUCAUACGCCGAUAUUGGUGGUCUGGAGAAUCAAAUUCAGGAGGUCCGUGAGUCGGUUGAAUUGCCAUUACUACACCCUGAGCUUUACGAGGAGAUGGGUAUCAAGCCACCGAAGGGUGUUAUCCUUUAUGGUGCUCCUGGUACCGGAAAGACCCUGUUGGCCAAGGCCGUCGCCAACCAAACCAGCGCUACCUUCCUUCGCAUUGUCGGCAGUGAGCUAAUCCAGAAAUAUCUGGGUGAUGGACCGCGCUUGGUCCGUCAGAUCUUCCAAGUUGCCGCUGAACAUUCCCCGUCCAUCGUUUUCAUUGAUGAAAUUGACGCUAUUGGUACCAAGCGUUACGAUUCAACAUCUGGUGGUGAGCGAGAGAUCCAGCGUACCAUGCUGGAGUUGCUUAACCAGUUGGAUGGUUUCGAUGACCGUGGCGAUGUGAAGGUCAUCAUGGCCACUAACAAGAUUGAGACUCUGGAUCCUGCCCUGAUUCGACCUGGUCGUAUUGACCGUAAGAUUCUCUUCGAGAACCCCGACCAAAACACCAAGAAGAAGAUCUUCACACUGCACACAUCUAAGAUGUCUCUGGGUGAUGAUGUGGAUCUGGACGAGUUCAUCAACCAGAAGGACGAUCUCUCCGGUGCCGAUAUUCGAGCCAUCUGUACCGAGGCUGGUCUGAUGGCUUUGAGAGAGCGUCGUAUGAGAGUCCAGAUGGAUGACUUCCGUGCAGCUCGCGAGCGCAUCAUGAAGACCAAGCAGGACGGUGGCCCCGUCGAAGGACUCUACUUGUAA